AUGGUCUUUGGGAGUCUAUGCUUUGCAUCUACCAUUACCUCUCAUCGUUUGAAAUUCCAUCCUCGAGCUAAAUCUUGUGUUUUUAUUGGCUAUCAUCCUGGUAUAAAAGGAUAUAGACUUUAUGAUAUAAUCUCCAAAACCAUUUUUAUAUCUAGAGAUGUGAUUUUCCAUGAACACAUCUUUCCUUUUCACUCUAUCUCAAAAACCCCUGAAGUUCUUAACUGCUUUCCUGAUCUUGUUUUACAUGUUAUACCUGCUGAUAUACAUUUCCCUGCUGAUGCUUUUCCACCACAUCAUAGCAAUGACAGAUCCAUUCAUGAUGAGGUAUCCUAUCCAAAUAUUGAUCAUGCUGAUACUUCAAGCCAUAGUCUUCAUGAUGUAUCACACGAUCCUCCUACUCAUACUGUUACUUCACAUCUUGAUCUUAAUUCUCCUGCUCCUUCUGCUCAUAUUCUCAGAAGGUUGAAGGUUUGGUUUGGAUCAUUUCCUUUCAUGGCGGAUUCAGCAUUACUUCCAACAGAGAUUACUAAAAAGAAGCUUAGCGGACAACAAAAGAAAGAGGAGCUUGAAAGAGAGGUUUCUGUGCUUCAUAAAAUGCUGGCUCAUGAACAAAAGGUGCACGAAUUUCUCCAGCAACUUCAAAAUCGACAGGGUGGUUCUUCUCUCAGCAUCCCAAACUACCUACCACCAAAAAUGAAAGAGCUACUGGCCGAGCUAGCUAUGGUUGAAAAUGAGAUUGCGCGUUUGGAAAGCCAAAUCAGCCAGCUUCAAUCUGAGGUAAAAAAUGAAAAGGAAUCGAAUUCCAAGCAAUGGCAGCAGCAUGGAACUCCAAAAAACAACAAUGAAAAUACAAGCAGGCGUCGUUCCAAUGAGAAAACCAUGUUUGAGGCUAAGGGGCUACAUUUUAUUAGCAAGGCUAUAAAAGGAGAUUAUAAUCUCAGUGACUUCAGAUUAAAUGAGAAAGGGACGAAUCCAAAAGGUUUGCCUGAUCAUAAGGAAAAUAAUUUUCAGGAUGAAAUUGGAAUAUUUCGUGAAAAGGUUUCGAAGAGAAGUGGGAUGCUUAAACCUGCCUCUCCAUUUCGAGACACGAGGAAUCCAACCCCCAGAAGAGACCGCAACCUUGACAUCCCUGCGGAUGUCCUACAAAAAGUUACGUAUACACCAAUUCAUUCAGAAGAACAAAGCAUUCACAAGUGGCCACCAAACAAGUUAUCUGAGAACAUCAUGAAGUGUUUGAUCUUCAUUUUUGUAAGGUUACUUCGAACAUCAAGAGCAAUGGAAUUAGAGAAAUCUGGCCAAAUAUCCCGGUCCACAAACUUUUCUCUAAGUUUUCGUGCUGAGACAAGCUUAAAUUCUAAAACAAGCCUCACGUUUCAGAAAGACUCUAGACAACAAGAUCCCUACGGAAUUUUUGAUUCUGAAGAGUCUAUAACAAGGGAUAUUGGCCCCUAUAAAAACUUGGUUAGAUUCACAUCGAGUUCUAUGGAUCCAAAAUGCAUCCAAAACUCGAACUCGAUUGCUUUAUUUCAGAAAUUAAAGGGCUUAAUGAAUGGUCUUCAGAAGGUGGACUUGAGAUUCUUGAGUCAUCAGCAGAAGCUGGCUUUCUGGAUCAACAUGUACAAUGCUUCUAUCAUGCAUGGGUUCCUUCAGUAUGGGAUUCCUAAUAGUUCUACACCUGAGAACUUGUUUAAACUUAUCCACAAGGCAACUCUGAAUAUUGCUGGUAAUAUAAUAAAUGCUCAGGCAAUUGAACAAAUUAUCCUGAGAAAACUUGAGCCUUCACUGCUUAAACAGAUUACUGGGAAGGGAGAAAAGGAUAACAAAGAGGCUAUAGUUGGUGAACUUUAUGGACUUCACUCACCAGAUCCAAAUAUCGUCUUUGCCUUGUGCUGUGGAACACGUUCUUCACCAGCAGUAAAAAUAUAUACAGCAGAAGGUGUCAUAGGUGAAUUAGAAAGAUCAAAGCUGGAGUACCUGCAAGCUUCAAUAGUGGUGACAAGCACAAAAAGAAUAGCACUCCCUGAACUGCUGCUUGGGAACAUGCAGGAUUUCGCCAGAGACGUGGACUCAUUGAUGGAAUGGGUGUGCGAGCAGCUACCUACAUCGGGAUCUUUGAGGAAAUCGAUCGUGGAUUGUUUUCGGGGACUUCAUGGUGGCAAAGCAUCUGGCAUUGUUGAGAAGAUACCUUAUGAAUAUGAGUUCCAGUACUUGUUGACCAUGUGA